AUGGGUUUCGAUGUUUUGGGAAAUAUAUCCGAGUUUUCAGAAGCCCUGACGAACUGCGAAUUCUUCGUGUUAGCUGGAGCAGUCUUGCUGCUUCUGUUCAUCGUAUGGUCAAAGAUCUCACUUAUUCUCUAUCACGGUUAUACUCGAACCGAACGCGAAGCACUUUAUCGGCGACGAAUUUCAUCUGGUUAUCAAAUGACUAGAAGUAACACGUUUCCUCCUACACUUGUAUGA